AUGGCUGUCUCAAGGGACACGCUGCCAGCCCUGAGCAUGGCCGAUGAUGGAGAAGGGGCACUCUUCGGCCCAGAGGAGUCGGAAGGAGGUCCCGCCGGGCCGGGCGGAGACAGCAACCCCCUCGGCCCCCCCCCGCCUUAUCGAGAAGAGCACACCCCCGGCGGCACCCGAUUCAAGGAGCUCCUCGCCCGGGCCAACGGCCAGGGCGCUCCCCCCCCGCCGCCGCCGCCGUCGGCCAAGCCCCGGCGCGCCCUCCCGCCGGAAGGCGCUCCGGACUACGACGACGAUAACCAGUGGGAGGAGCAGGCCAUCGGGUCCCCGGACGUGCCGGACCCGCCCCUCCGGGAGAACAUGCCGGGGCUGGACCUCGGGCCCGAGCUCGACUACGGGGGCGGGGGCGAGGCCGGCGCGAGCGGCAGCGGCGGCAGCCGGUUCUCGCGGAUGAUGAACCAGGCCAGGCAGAACGACGACCGGCAGGAGGCCGGGAUGGCGCCGAGGGCGAGCCCGCGGUCGCCGCAGGAGGUGGCGAAGCGGGCGGCAGCGGCGCAGGCCCCCGUGAGCAAGGAGGAGAAGGAGAGGGCCAUUAAGGCGGCCGUGGAGCGGCAGCAGAAGAUGAUGGCCAAGGCGAGGGGGAUCGACCUUGACGACCCGACCCUCGAGGGUGCCGAGCUGGCCAGGAAGAAAGCUCUGAGCCGAGCACAGGCGGAGGCACAGGCCGGCGGCUACGUGCCGAGCUCGAGCGCCGCGGACGACUACCUCAACUCCCUCAAGGCCGACUCGCAGAAGAAGCAGAAGGAAACGCAGGCUAAGCUGCGCGGGGAGCCCCUUCCCCCCAGAGAAGGACCGCUCCUGUCUGCUUCCCCGCCCACCGAAACGGCCACAUCAGAUGUGCCGGAUAAGUCGGCGGCGCCCCUGUCGUCGGGGGAGGACUACGAGCGGGUGAAGCCCCAGAAGCGCACGGCCGCUUCGUGGAGCAUCCAGAACAAGGCCGACCAGUACAUGGCUUCCCUCAAGGGGAUCAAGGUAGAACUCGCGGACGACAACCCGUACCUGAAGGAGUCUCUGGUUGAAGAGCCGCGGCAGCCGGUGCGGCGGCCGCCGCCGCCGCCGCCCAAGCCCCCGCUCGGCCCCCAGAUGAGCUACGCCGAGAAGAUGAAGCUCGCCAAGGGGGCGAAAGCUGCGGGUACCGCGACCGCCGCUGCGCCUUCGUCGAACGUGGUCGCGGCCCCUGUUGCUACCCUGCCCCCUGCAACCGAGGCGCCACCGCCGCCGGCCCCGUCUUCUGGAUCGCCCGCUCUCAGCUAUGCGGAGAAGCUGAAGCAGGCCCAGGCCCAAAAGGCCGCCGCCGGUAACGGGGUUUUCCCGAAGUCGGUGCCGCCGCCGCCGCCGCCGCCGCCGCCAACCGCGGCUGCUGCUGCCGUCGCCCCUGCGUCGAGGAGACUGUUGGAGCAGGAUAUGCCGUCGGGUGGUUUGGUUGACGAAGGCGACUCGCAGGCAAAGAUGGUUAAGUUGAUGGACCUGCUUACGGAGCACAAGACGGCUGGACUCGAGGGCGAGGACCGCGUGUCCGAACUGCGCCACUCCCUCGUCGAUGCGCGUGAAGCCCUCCGGGCCGAGACUUACGGUAGGUCGGCGGCCGCGGCCGCGGCGCCGACAGCGGCGACGGUGUCAUCGAAGCCCAUGCCACCACCACCACCACCACCGCCGCAACCAGCAGCAGCAGCAGCUCCGUCGCCCCCAUCGCCACAGCAACAGCAGCAGUCGGCCCCGCCGGCCCCGCCAACGACUAGCCCAGAAGACGCGGCGAUCCUUCGCCGCUGCAGCGCCCUGCUGCAGGCGCACGUGCACUCGGGGCUCGCGGGCCAGGACCUCCAGGCCCUGGUGGAAGGACUCGCGUCCUCCCUCACCAUCGUCACGGCCCAGGUCGUGACCGGCACUGCCGCCGCGGCCGCCGCGGCCGGCGGCGGCGCUAGCGGAGCACCACCAGCAGCGGCGGGGGGUGAUGAUACGGGGGUGCCGGCUUACGCCGGGGGGAUUCAGUCCGUAGGGGGAGCCCUGUCGGACAUGGGCGUGGCGAAGAAACCGGCGUCGUUCUUGCCGGAGGAGGGGGAGGGGGACGGGAGCGCCGGGUGGACGGGGGGAAGCCUCGGGGAGGAGGAGAAGGCCGCGGCCUCUAAGGCGCUGGGCUACCUGCUCAAGCAUCGCGGCGGGAAAGGGUACGGGCGCGGGAAGAUGACCGGCGCGCAGGCGGAGGCGAUGGUGGCGGCGCUCGCCGAGGUGACCGAGAUCAUGGAGGAGGAGAUGGUCGAAGAAUAAGUUUCAUUUUGGGGGGGUGAGGGGGGGGGCGUUGUUUGACCAUUGACCACACGGACGUGUGGGGAGUUGUGAUGAUUUAGAGACAGGGCCGAAGGUGGACAGGAAGAUAAUGCGCCUGGGCGAGAGCCGGUUUGACGUGCGAUGUUCAGAACGAGUGUCGGGGCCAGCGAGGUUCAGCCACGAACUGGUUGUUGUUUCUGACUUGGGAGGUAGCCAAGAGGUGCCGGAAGGAACAACACGUGCGUGAGAGAAAGAAGAGAGACCGGGGUGGGGGGGGGGGGAGCCAGACCUGAACUAAUGCCGUAGAGGAGUUGAGGUGAGGGUUGAGGUGUACUAGAAGCUUGUCACCCUCGACACGAACAAACUUUUGACAGUCGGCAUGUAGUUAGUAUAGUGUGGGCUUUCUAGGGUAAAAACGCGGACCAAGUGCGUGCAUGGCAUGCCCUGUUUUUCUUGGCGAUGUGGCGUAUGAUAGGACAAGCGACUCGACUACUGUUCAGAAAGGCCGAUGUGAGACAGGAGAUAAGGCCGCUUCCAAACAAAAUGGUGUAGCUCCC